AGAAGAUAAAUUGAAGACAUAAUUCCACACAGAAGUUUUAUGCUGUGCGAAACGGUGACGGCAACACUCAAGAAAUCGCGAUAAAACGUUGAUUCUGCCAAUCGUCGGGGACGGCGAAAGCGCCACCCCCCCUAACUGGUCGAGUCUAUAAAACGGCGGAGCGCCUUCCUCCGCGUUCUGUUACCGAUUUACCGCCACCGGGGGUUCACACGUUGGCCGUGCACGUCAUGAGUGGUUCCGGAAAACCUUUGCUGGGCCUCUGGCUCUAUCGCAGCGGCGAGGACUGGAGCUACAAGGAGGACAGCCCCAUCCAAGUGAAACCGGCCCCAGCUUCGAAAGAGGAGGCACCGACUACGCAAGAACUGGAACGUCUCUCCAUAAUUUUCACGCUGAAAAACCAGGUGGGCGGCCUGGUGCGCGCCCUCCAAGCCUUCCAGGAUCUGGGCAUCAACGUGCUGCACAUCGAGUCGCGUCCCUCCCAGGAGUCGGAGGCCCAGGCCGACUUCUUGGUGGAGAUCGAGACCGACCCGAAGAAGCUGGAGCAGCUGGGCAGGCUGCUGAAACGGGAGGUGGUGACGAUGGUGAUCGGGAAGUACGGGAGCGGCGAGGAGAGCGAGUUUCCACCACCCACGCCGCUGUCCGCCACCGCCAGCUUCGACUUCGAUGAAAUGCCGUGGUUCCCUAAGAAAAUCUCCGAACUGGACUUAGCUCAGAAUGUACUGAUGUACGGAGCAGAAUUGGACGCUGACCAUCCCGGAUUCAAGGAUCCAGUUUACCGGAAACGUCGCGAACAGUUCUUCAGGAUCGCCAUGAAUUACAAACACGGCCAGCCAAUACCGAAAGUGCAGUACACGCAGGAGGAGAUAAAAACAUGGGGGACCGUGUUCCGUGAACUGCAUAAACUUUAUCAGGAGCACGCGUGUCGCGAGUACUUGGAGAACUGGCCUCAGCUUGUGAAAUACUGCGGUUACCGCGAAGACAAUAUACCGCAGCUGCAGGAUGUCAGCGUGUUUUUGAAAAGGAAGACCGGCUUUCAAUUGCGACCUGUUGCCGGAUAUCUCAGCCCUAGGGACUUUCUUUCGGGACUGGCUUUUCGAGUCUUCCAUUGCACUCAGUACAUUCGUCACUCCUCCGAACCUUUCUACACUCCCGAACCUGAUUGUUGUCACGAACUUUUGGGGCAUAUGCCCCUCUUGGCCAACCCCAGCUUCGCCCAGUUUUCCCAGGAACUUGGAUUGGCCUCAUUGGGAGCCUGCGAGGAGGACGUCAACAAACUAGCAACGUUAUACUUCUUCACUGUGGAGUUCGGACUUUGCAAACAAGAAGGGGAAUUAAAGGUCUACGGAGCGGGACUCCUGAGCUCGGUAGCUGAACUGAAACACGCCCUCACAACUCCGGAGAAGGUUAAACGGUUCGAUCCGGAUCUCACCUGUCUUCAGGAGUGUAUCAUCACAGAUUACCAGUUGGGGUAUUGGUACACUGAUACUUUCGAGGAAGCCAAGGAGAAAAUGAGAUUGUUUGCUGAGCAAAUUCAACGACCCUUCGGCCUCAGAUACAAUCCCUAUACGCAAAGCGUUGAAGUUUUGAGCAAUGCACAGAAAAUCACCGCUGUCGUUUCCGAACUGAGAGGUGAUUUGUGCAUUGUUAACAGCGCUUUGAAAAAAAUCAGCGCCAAGGAUUCAACGAUCGAUGUGAACAGAAUCACGGAAUUGUUGCAACACGGUUUGGUAAACGAAAUCUCUUCGGAUCACGAACAGGAGAACACCACACAAAACGGAAAGAUGUAAAUCAAUCAAUGUUGUAAAAGUAUAAAAACGUACAAUAAUAGGGAUGAUGUAAAAAACCAAGUGUAUUGUAUUAUAUUUCUAUGGGCAAAUUUGUUUUUAUUUUUCAAGAAUAUUGUAGCAAAAUUAUUUUUGAUUAAUUACUGAUGCUUACAAACUUCAAUGUUAUUACAUAUAAUUAAGUCUUAUAAUAGUUGUAAAAUUGUAAAUUGAUAAUUUAUUGAUGGAUAAUUAAUAGAUGUUGUGCUUAAAAAUUGUAUCUAUUCUGGUACAAGAUUAUUAAACAAUUUCAAUGUUUCACUGAUUUUGUAUUUAUUCUUAAUUAUGAAAGUGCGGAACAAUCGUCAGAGAUUAUUAGAAAUUCCCAGUUAAUUCUAGGACAGGUAAAUACUUUGAUUUUUUAUACAGAAUGAUUUACCCUUUUCUUUAGAAGCUUAUGAAGAAUGAACAAGAAUAUUGAAUUGAAAUUUUUAAAGCAAUUAUAACUUGACUUGAACUUGCUUUAUAAUUUAAUUUAAAUAAAAUAUCAAUUCCUAUUUCGCCGGAAGGGACAUCAACAUUGUUAUUUUUAAAUUUUACAUGUAUUUGCAAAUAAAUUGGCUAUAACUAGUCCUGUACCUAAGCCCAAUAAUACACACAACCAAACUUAUAUGCAAUCAUCGAGUAAUUACUAGAAAUGGCGUUUCAUUGAAAAAAAAAGUAUUAAAAAAAGCAAAUAAAAAUGUGAAUUUCAGAGAAGAUAAAUUUUACGAUAAAUUAGAUUUUAAGAAAAAAUAAAAGUUUUUUUCUGAUCUGAUAAUCAGAGUUGUCACCUA